AGGAAGCUGUAUUAACCAGCGAUUUUACAUCUGUAGCAGUUUAUCGACACAUACAUUGAAAUCGGAGCACACCUGUUGCCUGUUAUGGUUUAUAGGGGUUGGUAAUCAUUGUAUCAGAAUCAUUUAGAAUUUAGCUAUUUAUCAUAUUCUAAAGAUCAGUGUCUAGAGUCGGCGAUCUGUGGAAUAGGUUUUCGGUCCUCUACUUUGGAUAUUCCAUUGUGGCCGUGGGGAUUUUGUUACACCGUGAACUCGAUGGAAAUUGAAAUGUGACAGAACCCGAUAUACGAGCUACUUACUUCGUACUGACGGGGAACAAAUCCCAUAACUAAUUGGAACUAGAAUUGGACAAGUCGAAGGUGUAAACCCGACAAUAAAACAAACACAGUCGACGAUGAAAUAAAAUAGCUAGAAUUGUGGAAAGUCGCGUUGUCCUCAUGGAUUAACGACAGAAGGGAUGGACGAUAAAAAACACAAUUGAGAUAUAUCUUUCUGCGAUUAGGUAAAUGACUCAAUCAGUCGCGGACAUCAAAAAGCAAUUGUAAGCCAUCACUUAUAAAUAAAAAUGGCCAGCAACUACAGUUGGAAUUACAGCUUGGACUACGGUCUAUCUAAUAUUACAUACAAUGGAUCACUUGGAUUUUCAAUUGAGGAUUCUUUCUCCGUUUAUCGUUUCGUGGCUAUCUCGACGGUUUUACUUCUACUGGCGUUUAUCACAAACUCAUUUUCGAUUGCCGCAAUACACAAUAUCCCAGGUGCUAACUCGUGCAGCCACAAGCUUUUCUUGAACCUCGCGGUGGCAGAGACUCUGAACGCUUUGGUAACAUACCUCGAAGUUGCGCCUCGUGUUAUGUGGUUGAAACUUGCGCAAGGUCAAAUAUCUCCAUAUACGUUCGUGAUGUUGAAGAACCUCCAGACAGUCCAGUUCAUUCUGUUCGCUUUUUUCUACUGCGCAUCUGGGAUCACCCUCCUUGAGUUGGCGAUUCUCCGAUUUGUAGCUAUUCGCUACCCGAUGUCAUACAGCCGGCUGUUUUCCAUCGAACGUUGGCCUAUUAUAAUUUCCUCUAUCUGGAUUGGCGCAAUAAUACUCGCUCUUCCUGGCCUUUGCGUGUUUGGCAAUUUUGGCAACAAAUGUGCAUUCUGGAAUUACAUCUGGCCGUGUGGUCUCAUCGCCAUCUUCAUUACAAUAUUCGUUCUCUAUGGAAUCGUCUCAGUACUUUUGGUUGCUAUGAGCAAAUCCCGUACAUGUCGUCAUCAAGAGGAAAAUAGAAAGGCCAUUGUUACGACCGUUAUUCUUAUCUGCUCACUGAUGGUCGUCGCUGUGCCGUAUAUCACCGUCAAGCUAUUGAGGUACCAUUAUCAUAGUCCGCUCAUCCAGACGAUCCAGGACAACUUCAUAUGUAUUCUACCCUACUUUAACUUCAUUUUCGAUCCCUUUGUCUACGGCAUACGCACGAAGGAUAUUCGUGACGGAUACGCUCAUCUCAACACAAUAUGCGGCUUGAAAAGCCGUACGCAGAGGUUUGCGAUGGUGAACAAUACUGUGAAUGGGACGAGUCAGACGAACUGUGAAAAGGCCACAGAAAUGGUAGAUAUGGUGGCUUUAUAAGUUGAGUCGUUUUGAAAAAAACGAUACCCAGGGAUGUUUUCCAGUGACAUGUUUUUCUUUGGACGCCUCUAUAUACGUCAUCCGUACUGGAUGUAUACGUCGUCCGUACUGGAUAUCCGGAAGGAGCAGGCUCAGCCCAGUCUUAUCUGAUAUGACAAAUGAAAAUGGCAAACCUCACGUGGAUUGUAUCUAGUGGUCAAUAGCACUAUAGAACUAAUGACUUAUUCUAGAUGGAGCCAUUUUGAAAAAAAGUAAUGCCAGUUGAUGUUAAAAAGUAUAUAAAUAAACUGACUUAAAGUGUUAGGACACUCAAAUUUCGUAGACCACAAAGCUUACCUAAUUGUAGUGAGCUAGGUAACAAAACAUCCCUCACUACAGACUUUAUCAUUUUAAGCUGAAGAUUAUUGACGUAUAUAUCCAUCGGUGCUCUAAAUAAAUUUGAUGGAUUGAUAGAUCCUUAAACAUGUCGAUGAUAUAGAAACACAUACGACAUUGUGACGAGGCUCUGAGGUAGACCGAGGUGGACGCAGGGACUGUCAUGUCCCAGCAUAUAUAAAGGAUGAAUGCUGCUUUGAUCCGACGUAAAAAUGUGUGUACAUAGUAUAAACAAGACAUAUUACGUAUUCGUGGAUGCAUGACCACUUAAUGGAAUACGUAUAAUAGCACAUGGCAAUAUAGUAUUAAAUGUAAGUCAAAAUGUCCAUGUUUGGUACUACAGUCUGUAAUUAAAUUGAUCAUGGCGAAUAAGCCAUGUAUUGUGAUUAAUCUGCAAUCAAAUGAAAUGGGAGUGUGGUAAAUAGUCAGUUGAUAUAUACCGUAUAUAUAUUCACGUUAAAAAUGGCUACGAUGCUUAUAGCAUAUCGUAUAUAUCACAUUCAGAAAAUGAAUAUGAUGCUUAUAGCAUACUGCAGCUAUACACUCGAAACAUUAGAGAGGUUUCGCACAACUUCGCAUGAGGGCGAAACUUCCCUUUUGACUCUGAGGAUGUACGAAAGUACACCAUUAUAAAGUACUAAUAGAGAGGUUAAAAUACGCUUAUUUUGGAGAAUUUGAACUGGGACGUGUCAGUUAUUGUUAUUACCCUCCUCUAAAUUAGUUAAAUAUUUAGUAAUCUGCUGUAUAAAUGGAUAAAAUGUUCGAAUUAGUCUAAUGCCUUGGUCACGUUUACUUCGAUUUUCACUACGGCUUCCGGCC